GAAAAAGAUUCUUUCCUAAACCACAACAAAAACAUUCCUCUCCCUCUUCGACGAUUUGAAAACUCUUUGCUCUUCUUCACUCUCUCUGCUGAUCUCGAUGGAGGAUUGCUACGAUCAAUGUCACGAUCCACUUCUCGCAACCGAUGCUAGCUUCUCUCGCGCUGAGGAAGCUGCUACAGUAUCGAACUCACUGACUAUGACAAUGGCGGAUCUCGUUGAAAACGAUGUUGAGCAAUCAAGCCCAGGAUUGAUGGAAUCGGAUCAAUCUAGUGAUCCCAUAGUGUUAAAUGUUGAGCAAUCAAGCCCAGGAUUGAUUGGAUCGGAGCAAUCUAGUGAUCUCAUAGGUUUAGAUGGAAAACUCGUGUUAGCGUUUCCUCUAGCAUCUCCAGAUCUAGUCAACUGCGGCGGUUCACCUGAUAUACCUAGCUAUCAAGAUUCUCCAGACGUUGCUAAGAAACUCAGAUUCUCCACUGAGCUUUCUCUAGAGAAUGGAAUCGGCCGCCGUAGAACUCCGUCUGUGAAGUUCUCAGCUAUUAAUCAAACCUUUGGAUUUGAGUUGUCUCCUGCGUCUUCCUUUGAGUUACCUUCACCGCCUGGGGACUACAGGGAGAGUACAACACCUGUGAUGAGUAUUAACUCGGGUUCUACAACAAUGGAUGUGACUUUGGAUGAUGUGACUUUCUUGAAGGAUGAGUUUUUCAGGGGAGGUGAAACUUUCACCACUGAUGCUGUCGUUGGCAAUGAAGAUGGGGUUUUCUUGUAUCAGACAGCUCGGGUUGGUAAUUUCGCUUACAAGUUCCAGUCCUUGGUUCCUGGAGACUACUUCAUCGACCUGUGUUUUGCUGAAAUCGAGUUCACUGACGGUCCUGCCGGAGUUAGAGUUUUCGAUGUAUUUAUUCAAGAAGCAAAGGUUAUAUCUGGUCUUGAUUUGUUUUCGCAUGUAGGAGCAAAUACACCUCUUGUGAUAGCUGAUAUAAGGAUGCUCGUUGGUCUUGAAGGAGAGCUAUCUAUACGGUUAGAAGGAGUGACAGGAACAGCAAUUCUAUCUGGCAUUUCUAUUAGGAAGGAGGCAACAAGUACUUAUGUUGAAGACACUGGAAUGCUAGCAAUGAAAGGAAAAACUGACACUGUUAUGUUUCUGCCACCUCAAGAAAAUGUAGACUGCAGGACGGAAGAAGAGAUCCACGAGAUGAGUAAUGACUGCGAGCAGCAGAAGAAAGAGAUUGCAGAUAUGAAGAGAAUGGUUGACCAACUUAAACAAGAGAAUGAAAGAAAGAGUAGAGAAUGCAAAGAAGCAUUGAAUUCUCUCCGUGAGCUUCAAAAUGAGCUAAUGCGCAAGUCAAUGCAUGUUGGUUCGUUGGCCUUUGCUGUGGAGGGACAAGUCAAAGAAAAGAGCAGAUGGUUCUCUUCACUAAGAGAUUUAACAAGAAAACUGAAGAUUAUGAAAAUGGAGCAAAUUAAGCUGUUGGAGGAGGCAUCAACCUACAAAUUGCUAGUCCAAGAUAUAAACGAGUUCAGCUCUCACAUUCAGUCCAGAGUAAUGCAGGACGCAGAAUUGCAUGAAAAUCUCAAAGCCAAAUUUGUAGCUGGAGAAAAAGAGAGGAAGGAACUAUACAACAAGAUACUAGAGCUUAAAGGAAACAUCAGAGUCUUUUGCAGGUGUCGGCCCCUAAACUUUGAAGAAAUUGAAGCAGGAGCAUCAAUGGGAAUUGAUGUUGAGUCUACCAAGAAUGGAGAGGUCAUAGUCAUGUCAAAUGGGUUUCCCAAAAAAAGCUUCAAGUUCGAUUCUGUUUUUGGUCCUAACGCUUCCCAAGCUGAUGUUUUCGAAGAUACUGCUCCUUUUGCUACGUCAGUUAUUGAUGGAUAUAACGUUUGCAUCUUCGCCUAUGGCCAGACUGGUACUGGGAAAACCUUUACCAUGGAAGGAACUCCAGACAACCGUGGUGUGAAUUAUAGAACACUAAAGAAUCUGUUUGAGAUAACUAAAGAACGAGAAAACCGCUACAGUUAUGAGAUUUCGGUCAGUGUCUUGGAAGUUUACAACGAGCAAAUAAGAGAUUUGUUGGUCCCUGCUUCACAAAAUGCAUCUGCAGCAAAAAGAUUUGAGAUUAGGCAAGUGAAUGAAGGAAACCACCACGUACCAGGAUUGGUUGAAGCACGCGUGACAAGCAUAGAGGAGGUAUGGGACGUGUUGAAAACAGGAAGUAGUGCAAGGGCUGUUGGGAAAACGACGGCUAAUGAGCACAGCAGCCGAUCUCACUGUAUUCACUGCGUGAUGGUAAAAGGGGAGAAUUUGUUAACUGGAGAAUGCACAAAAAGCAAACUAUGGUUAGUUGAUUUAGCAGGAAGUGAACGGGUUGCGAAGACAGAAGUGCAAGGAGAACGGCUCAAGGAGACCCAAAGCAUCAACAAAUCAUUAUCAGCUCUUGGUGACGUGAUAUAUGCUCUUGCCAAUAAAAGCUCUCACAUUCCUUUCAGAAAUUCAAAACUCACUCACUUACUUCAGGAUUCUUUAGGAGGAGAUUCGAAGACCCUCAUGUUUGUACAAAUCAGUCCCAAUGAGAAAGACAACAGCGAAACACUAUGCUCAUUGAAUUUUGCUAGCAGAGUUAGAGGUAUAGAGUUGGGGCCUGCAAAGAAGCAGCUAGACAAUACUGAACUCUUGAAAUACAAGCAAAUGGCUGAAAAAUGGAAGCAAGAUAUGAAAGUAAAAGACGAACAGAUGAGGAAAAUGGAGGAAACGAUGCUCGGUUUAGAAGCAAAGGUUAGGGAACGAGACACAAAGAACAAAGCCCUUCAAGACAAGGUUAAAGAACUCGAAUUGCAACUGCUGGUAGAGAGAAAGCUGGCUCGUCAACAUGUAGAGACCAAGAUUGCUGAGCAGCAGAUGAAACAACCUUACGGAGAUGAAAACAACCCAUCAAAGAGACCACCACUUGCAACCAUACCGUUGGGAAGCAUCAAGAGCUCAAACGAAACCUCAACUUCGAAAGAAACCGUGAAUCUAUCCCGACCACCACUCUCAGCGAGUACCACCAGCAGCAGCCAUGACCUACCUACUUUACCUAACGGUAGCGUCAAGCACAACGACCUCAUGGAGAAGGAGAACAACAAUCCAGAAAUGGCUGAGCGGUUGCAAAUAUCCAAGAGCACAAGGAGAUUCUCCGUUUGUCCAAAACGUAUUCUACCACCUCCAGCUCCAAGAAGGAGUACUCUUGCCCCAACGCCAUACUUUCCAAUCACAUCAACUUCACCGUCAAGACCUCAUGAAAAGAGCGGCACUAGCCAGGUGCUACGCACCAGCCCCAAGCUGCUUAAGAGUAACGGGAAGAUGCUGAGCAGCAUACUGAGACGGAGCAUGCAAAAGAGAAUGCAAAUGAAACCUUGCCAGAGACAGCAGCCGUUGAGAAGAGUUGGUAUUAAUGUAGGGAUGGAGAAAGUUAGGUUAUCUAUAGGAAGCAGAGGAAGGUUAGCUCACAGAGUUUUGCUAACCAAUGUUCGUAAGGCUGGUUUAAAGGAGACACCAGUGAAGCAGAUACAGAAGGAGAAAGAGAGAUGGAUUUGAUCUUAUGAGAUAGCUUCUCAUCCAGUUAGAAUUAUUCGAGGAUGAUUAUAUUUUAUAAUCCUCAUGUGUGCGUUUGUUGAUUUGAUUUGAUCCUACUGUAUAGAUGGAUUUGAUUGGCCCUUAUGAGCUUAACAUAUUGGAAAUGAUUUUCUUGGGAGUCUAGUUGAUUUUCAUUA